CUUGAUAUUCUCAAUAAAUUUAUAUUAGUGGAAGUGCAUUUACCUUUAGUACGUUCUACUGUUCUAGCGAGACACAAUGGCAACGCAAUCUUAUCUUCUGAAUCUGAACACUUUUCAUAUUCAUGCGGGAAUCAGAGGACGGCAAUGCAAACCUUCAAUAUUCAAACCAACCAAUUUUGGCUUUGGGGUCUGGAAAAGUUCAAAGUAUCACACUAAAAGAAAUGUCAAUGACAAUUCCGGAGUCAUGCAAUGUUGCUCAUGCUACACAGAAGUUGGAGCUUCUGCUGGCAUAACAAUAUCCUCACUAGUGGAUGCAGCCACCACACAGAUAUCUCUUAAUUCAGAUGUAGACUUGAAUACUCUCAAACUGAGCAUGCCAGAAACUUCACACGCUUCCUCAGAUUUCAUGACAAGAUUGGUUCUUGCAGAUCUUGACCCUGCUACUGCAAAGUUGGCCAUUGGAUUUCUAGGUCCCUUCCUCUCAGUGUUUGGUUUUCUCUUUAUAGUAAGAAUAGUCAUGUCUUGGUACCCAAAACUCCCAGUGGGGAAAUUUCCAUAUGUAAUAGCCUAUGCUCCUACUGAGCCACUUCUCAUUCCUACCCGCAAAGUGAUUGCUCCUCUUGCUGGUGUGGACGUUACUCCAGUGGUCUGGUUUGGAUUAAUCAGUUUUCUUAACGAAAUAUUAGUAGGUCCACAAGGAUUACUAGUUCUCCUUUCCCAACAAGUCAAUUAGCUUACACAUUUGGAAUUUAUGAAUGACAUAAAUUCUAUAUCAUCUUAUUGGAUGACACAUGUAUACAAAAUUACAUCGGUAUAAUGCAUCCUCCUAGAAAUGCUAGGAACACUUUGUCAUUCUUUUAAA